AUGAACACAGAUAAAUUUCUUGAGACUGAUCUAAAUGCACUUGAUGAAAAUGUUAAUAGCGUAAGUAAAAGUAAUUUGUCCAUGUCAACCUUGAAGAAGCAGGGAUUAGUUGAAAAUCUAUCUGCAACGGUAUCGAGCGUCCCGCGUCUUAGUGCAAGAGAAGUGUCUCAUUCCUCAUGCCGCAGACUUCUUUCACGGAUAGGAUUACUUAGUGCUCACCGCCGCAAUCACAAGAAGAGUCGUCCGAAGUCGGAGCAAAAUAAAUGGGAGCACAACAGCGUAAACAAUAACAUGGAGCUCGACUUGAGCCCAUGCGCUCAGCAAGCGGCUAGAAAUUUGCAGGUUUUAGACAACUCGGAGACAUUUUUUUCGCCAAGUGUGGAGCUUGGUUCAAAUCUUCUUGACCCAAUUCUUGUUUCUGAACCAUUGACUGAUAGCCCUGUCGCAUCUACUUCAAGGCAGCGUAUUAGUCGCCAAAAAAUGAAUCAGGAAUCCACCACAAAGCGCUUUGACGUGUUAGCGGGUUCAAAUGCAGGAUCCGAUUCCACUCCUCUGGUAGACUUUAAGGCGACCAACUCUACAACAAGCCGUCGGCUGCGGCAUCCCACUGAUGAAAAGGUGGAUGCAAUGCGUUUUGAUAGCAGUAAUGGAAGGCAACAAAGCCGAAGUUUACUUGAAAGUAGUUCUCAUUUUGCGACGGCGAUGCAGCUUGGUUCUCGUCAAGUGGACCAAACCAAAUGUCUCAGCGGUAACUCUUCUUUUUGCACUUCCCACAUGCUGCCGACUGAGGUUAGUCCUCGAGGCAGUGUGAAGGGUGGAGGAGCGCACACCUCAUUCACUCAGUUGGGGUUCAAUUCUUCCACAACGGGGCCACCCGCGUGCCAGACUCUGCGAGACGCCAAAUCGGUACUCCGAAAGCAUGCCCCAGCAAACCCUGUAUCUGCGGCAUCCAGCACACAUGUAGCAAUAAACUCCGUUAUCGGCUUGUCGCUGCACAGCUUUCAUCCCACGAACUCUUUUCAUAGCAGAAGUAGCAGCUUUAGGAGUAGAAGGACUUGCGUGCGGCGUGGUGUUAUGGCUAGUGAUGCCGAAGAUUCGAUUCAAGACAGAGAUUUAUCAAUGAUAGGGGCCACGGCUGUUGCAUCUGCUUCUCCUAGUGCAGAACUAUUUCAUCAUGGGGUUGUUUCGCAGAAGAUGCAAUAUCCUGCACACUCGGCACGCACCCACGAAGGCUUAGUCGACAGGAGUUUUCGAAGCUUUCCUAAAGGUCCACUUGACGCAGCAUGCACUCCUUUUAGCCAUAGAACGUCCGAUAUCAUUGCACUUCCAUCAGAGCAACAAGGGAACCCUAAUUGCACAUGUGGUCAUGCAUUGCAAUCCAUAGUUAUGGUACCAGGGUCUGACCCCAGUUUCGGCCAGGUUAGAUCGCCACAGCUGAUCUUUGAAAUGCUUGACACUUCAAGUAUCACAAGUUUUAAUCCAGAGGAAACUGCGAAAGAACUGAGUGUAAGUAAUCGUAGCUUGUCCUCAGGGUCUGCCAUUGGGAUGCCGUUGCGGGCGCGUAUUAUGGGACCCAAGUUAGUACGUCGUCUCAGCUCGCGUUCUGCGCAAUCCAUUGAUAAUAGCAACACAAGCGACUCUGAUGUGGAAGCAGAACAUCAAAAGAAGGUGGAUGAGCUUCUUAGACUUCUGACGGCGGACCGUAGGCCUCAUAGAUCAAAUUCACUAGCACCAGAGGAUCCUUUAUCAAGGACCAGUAACACCAACACAGGUAAUAGCGGAGAUAUGACGACAGGCGGCUUUGCACGUGUCGACGGUGUGGCUUCCGCUUCUCAUAACACUGUGAACUGCAUGUCAGACUUAAUAACCGGGAGCACCGAAACGGCUUUAGACCCAGCAGCAAAUUCCAGUUGUGAGGAUAAAGGAAUGCCCAACAGCAGUGGGUGGAUGUGUGUUGGAAGUCUUUUCAGUAGUCAGGAUUGGUAUAUGCGCAUGCAGCGUAAAAAAGACGAUGAUGGAACUGAGAAAGAAGUGGAGCUCACAAGCAGAGGAUUUGAUAAAGACAAGGAGCGUAGUGGUAACACGUGUAACUGUAGCGGCGGUUCUGGCAGUAUUGCAUUGCCGUUGGCAAGUGGAGAUGCAGAUGGGAAGAGUGUUCUGAGUUCUCCUGGCAAGGUGCCGUUGGUGGAUAAAAGUGAUGAAGAUAAACCGGGGAAGUCGCUACCGCGUCGAAAGACUUCGUGUACAUACGCUGAAAACCAUAUUGCUGUCAAGGAGAAUAUUUUUGAAACUUGUACGGAUGCAGAGGAUCGCCAAUGCAGUAGAGUUAAUUUUAAUUCAAAAUCUGAUCGCCUAUCUUCUCCCAUGGAGAAUUGCCACAAUGAACAACCCCAAGUCCAGGAUAUGACUCUUAUCAUCCCACAAAAUGGACCGCCAGCAGUGUCGCGACUCAUAUUGGAAGGUUCUGUUCCAUUAGGCGACCAGAAACUCCACACUGAAAAACACACACACCAAAUAGGGAAUAAUGCUACAUCUGAAGAUGGCAUUGUAGGCAUUUCUUGUGAAGCCCCCAUUCUUGCGCACCAUGAAUUCAAUGUGAGGGUUUUACCCACUAUCAGAGAACCAGAUCCACCAUUGAGCCCAGCCUCACAGAAAGCAGCUAAUGUUCCCCAAACUCCUGUGAUCUCUCAUGUUCAUGAGGUUUACCAAGUGUCUACUGUUCCAGGAUUGCAGUCUUCUAUGCGCAAUCGCCAGGUUAGCAACAGCAGUAACAACCACUUGCCUGACACUAUGUGCGAUCACAGUACUAGUACAAGCAAACGCAUUUCUAGUGGUUCAAGUCGAGAAAAAAUAAAUAAACAUCCCAACAAGGGUUUGGAACGGGUACGUCUAGAGCCUGUUACCUUUUCACCAGGUAAGGCUAAACGAAUAAAGAAGAAAACACGUGAACGUUCAACUAUACUGCCGACCGCAAGUAACGUGUGCACAGAUAGCGUAGGUAAGCAUGACAAAGUGCUAUUACCGAAAGGGUUUUGUAUCGAUGAGGCAUCUUCCGGUAUUCACGCUACUACUGAUGUAUCCUUGCCAGUGCUUCCUUAUGAUCAUCUAAAGGUAGACUCCGAGCCCACCUCCAGCGGGGCGUCCAUUAAAGAGGCCGAUCCUCCCAUCUCCCCAGAGUCGACGAUUUCGCGUGCGUCGUGCUCAAGUGGCGAUGGUAAGGUUACGCAGGAUUUCCUGGCUCAUUGCAAUCAAGCCCGGCGCAGGACCAUUCCACACUAUACUAAUACUACCAAGAUGGACUCCCUCAUCGAUGAAUCUCUGAAGGUUGGCUCUGAUUCACGCGUAUCGCCAUUACAGAAGAAGGAUAGUUCAGCUGCUAUGCAAGGAGGCCUUCUUCACAUUACUUGGCCUAUGGGCGUCUCACCUACUUCUGCCAUAGGGCAGCAUGCGACAAGCCCUAAUUCUGAACCUUGUCGAAAAGCGUCCCUCCCUCAAGUGAAAUCCGCUAAAUUACAAGCCUUUGCACCCCCGAAUAUGAGUCGUCGCACGUCAGUUGUGAAAUCUAAGUUAGGAAGCAAUAGCAAACUCCGCCCCUCAUCCCCUGGAGUGGUUCUGCCACAGUGGAAGUCGUCUGAUACAAGUAAGCCCGCGCUGUCUUCAGCAUCAGUCAGCAAAAAUAUAGCCAGUGGUUCAGAUGCUGAUUUUAAUACUGUCACUAGAACACGGAUACUGCAACCGCAUUGUAGCACGAAUGUUGACGAUCAAGCAAUGGCCUAA